CCUUUCUUUGCAAAGUUAUAGAAUUUACAACAAAAGCCCUAAAUGUUCAUUGUCAGCUAAAAGCUACAGAAAUAAGAAGAAAUUAAUUUAGGGCUCUUCGUGUAAAUUCUAUAACCUUGCAAAGAAAGGUCAUGUAGAAUUGGGAGAGGUCUCAUCUUAAUCAGAAAUGUGCGGGCUACAAUCAUGCCUCAUUAAGAACGGUUCGGGUUAGUUUUUGGGGUUUCUGAAAAAUUCGUUUUCUAGAAAACCAGGUCUUUGAAGGGCUAUGCGGAAGCCACAUGGUCGUAUUCGUAAUCAGCAUGGUCGAUAACCUAUAACCCACUAGAUUCCGAGCAAAAAGCGUUUAAUCACUUCGUGGGGUUCCCUCGUAAGUUGUUCUUCUUCUCCAAGGGAACACAACUAAAUCAACCUUAUUGCAUCGAACAUCGUUACAUUUUUAGAAGUGCGUACGAUGAAAUAAACAUGAAAGAGUUUCAGUUUUAAGAGAUUGUCGUUCUUCAGGAAGAUCGAUGUGUACCUGAGUCUUUCGGCACUCCUUCAGCAGCAAAAAUGAGCACAACUACUUUAUGCCGAACAUAUUUACCAUAUCUGUUCUCAUGAUUCGUCCUAUAUUUCAGAGAAACUUUACAAGAAGAUGACGAAUCCUCUUCAAACUGAACCUACUGAAUCUGAUCUCUAUCGAGGCUCACUUGUCGAUGCACCGCCCUUUAAGUCAAAGACAAUUCGUAUUUUUAUUAGCUCACCUUUUACUGGUGAGUGUCACAGUCAAUCGUUGUUUGUGAAUACCGCGACGUUACUUGUACAUUUUGCUGUAUGUAGACAUGGUCGAUGAACGUAACGUAUUGAUAGAAUAGGUCUAUCCAAAACUGAAAAGCUAUAGCAAAGAAACAUAUGGACUACAGUUUCAGGUGAGGAAAUACACAGUCGGGUGACACAAAUACCAUAGCACAUCCAGAUGAUUUCUUGUUUGAAACUGGAGGAAAUUAUCACAUCUUGCUUCAAAAAAUGAGUAACAACACUGAGAAUCAUUUUCUUCCGGUGUAUUCUAGUAUUCUGGUAUGCGUUGGGGUAUUCAAGAUUCAGCUUGGGAAGAACAUUCAACUACUCGAGAAUGUUUAACAGAAUUAGAUCGAUGCUAUGAUUAUGAUUCACUAGCAACAAAUUCUAUAUCAGAUCUGCAGUUAAUUGAAAAAUGGUAUUUAUUGGACACAAAUCCAGAUAGACCAUUUUAUGGACUGCAGCGAAUGAACAAAGAAUUUCCAGCUGAUGAAAGUGAAUUACGUGAUUCAAUAUAUUGGGUUGCUAUGAGAAGAGAAUGA